UCAUAAUGGAAAAUUUGAACGUCGGUAGUUUUAAAUUUAUUACUGCGAAAAGAAUCGAUCAGCGAUGCCACGUGUCAAAGUGUUCUUCGAUAUCACGAUUGGCGGAAAGAAGGGAGGACGCAUCGUUAUGGAGCUCUACAACGACAUCGUGCCGAAGACAGCGGAAAACUUCCGCGCUCUGUGCACCGGCGAGAAAGGAAAAGGGAAAUCGGGCAAGAAGUUGCACUUUAAAGGAUCCAAAUUUCAUCGCAUCAUCCCCGAGUUUAUGAUCCAGGGCGGCGAUUUUACGGAGGGAAACGGCACCGGCGGAGAAUCGAUUCAUGGCGAGAAGUUUGACGACGAGAACUUCAAGGAGAAGCAUACCGGACCCGGAGUCUUGUCGAUGGCAAACUGUGGGGCGAACACAAACGGCUCGCAAUUCUUCCUGUGCACAGUCAAAACCACGUGGCUAGACGGAAAACACGUGGUUUUCGGCAAAGUGAUCGAAGGAAUGGAUGUGGUGAAGGCGAUCGAGUCGAAAGGAUCCGAAGAUGGGGCACCGUCGGCUCCGUGCGUCAUUGCUGACUGCGGAGAAAUGAAGUGAUGCUUCUCGAAGAACAACACUGGAGAAUUCGUCUUUUUAUUGGAUAAAUAUGAUUUUUAUUCAUUUUUUUAACAAAGCAUAGUUUUUGAUACGUGAAUUCGAAAGACAAUGAUUCGUGAA